CUGCCUGCAGGUGGGGUAUUCUUCCGCACGGACCGAACACAAGAAGACACCGAUCAGCCAUCGUCAGUCAGAGUCAGAAUGGACACAGAUCGGAACUCUGCAUUUUCCGCUUUCCUGACAAAUUGUGACGAUCGCCAACUGUUCCAGUUGACGAUAUUCUACCGGGCCAGACUUGAGCCGUCAAUCGAGGAGGGCGUGAGAGCACUCGGCCUCAUGUUAACACGCGAGGAUCACUUCACAGGGCUGGAGUAUGAUAUCGUGACUGAGCUGGCGGAGGAGGGAAACCGAGCGGGUGCUUCGAAACUCCUCCUGAAUCUGGUGAUGGAGAAGGGCUCCGGGGCCCUGAGGGUGAUGUGGGAAUCCUUUGUGAAAAUACAUCACACGUUACCGAAGCUGAGCGGAAUACUGGAGGAAAUACGGGAACGUGGUGACGGCCAGUUCGCCUUCAUGGACACUGAGCUGGGUUUAUCUGAAGUUUCCAAGCAUCUGAAAGAUCGGAACUCUGCAUUCUCUGCCUUCCUGUCAAAGUGUGACGAUCGGCAACUGUUCCAGUUGACGAUAUUCUACCGGGCCAGACUUGAGCAGUCAAUCGAGGAGGGCGUGGGGGCACUAGGCCUCAUGUUAACACGCGAGGAUCACUUCACAGGGCGGGAGUCUGUCAGAGUGACUGAGCUGGUGCACAAGGGAAUGGGAGCGGUCGCUUCCAAACUCCUCCUGGAUCUGGUGAUGGAGAAGGGCUUCGGGGCCCAGAAAGUGAUGUGGGAAUCGUUUGUGAAACUACAUCACAGAUUACCGGAGCUGAGCGGAAUACUGGAGGAAAUACGGGAACGUGGUGACGGCCAGUUCGCCUACAUGGACACUGAGCGGGGUUUAUCUGAAGUUCCCAAGCAUCCGAAAGAUGUUCAGCGGAUACACAAGGAGACUCUGCGGGCACAAACGGAAACACUGAGAGUGGACACGAUCCUGAUGAGGGAGAAGGUGAAGGUUUUCCAGCUGGUUGAUCGAUACGCUGAGCUCACGGUCAUUUCUACUGUUCGAGAUCGGAGACUGGUGGAACAUGAGCUGCUGGCAAGAGGCAGAGACCACGAGGAGUGCAGAGAGAAACAUCUCCGCGGAGAGCUGGAGAAAAUCAGCACAGAACAACUGUUUCGGAGAAAUUACUCACAUAGCUUACGGGGCCAAAAGUUUCUGAGAUGUUCGGCAACUGUGGCCGGAGUCCCAGGGAUAGGGAAAACAACAAUGGUACAAAAAAUUGUUUAUGACUGGGCCACGGGAAAAAUAUAUCAACAAUUUCAGUUUGUCUUCAGUUUCAAGUUCCGGGAUUUAAACACCAUUAACCGCAGAAUAAGCCUGACGGAACUGAUUCUGGAUCAGUAUCCAUACUUUGGGAAUAUCCUGAGAGAGGUCUGGAAGAACCCAGAAGGAUUGCUGUUUAUAUUCGAUGGUUUGGAUGAAUUCAAACACAACAUCGAUUUUGCUGACAGUCGGAGAGAUACAGAACCCAAGCACCAGUGCCCAGAUCCUGAGUGGUGGUGUGAAGUGUCUGACAUUGUGUACAGUUUAAUCCAGGGCAAGCUGCUCCCAGGGUGUUCAGUGCUGGUGACCACCCGUCCCACUGCGUUACAUCUAUUGGAAAAGGCUGAGAUCGGUGUCUGGGCUGAAAUCCUGGGAUUUGUUGGUGAGGAACGGAAGGAAUAUUUCAUCAGGCAUUUUGAAGGUCAGACGGUGGCAGCAGCUGUUUUCAAACAUGUGAAGGAGAACGAGAUCCUGUACACCAUGAGCUACAACCCCUCCUACUGCUGGAUCCUCGCUCUGGCACUGGGCCCCUUCUUCACACAAAGAGUCAGGGACCCGAAGCGAGUUCCCAAGACCAUCACCCAGCUAUAUUCCUACUAUAUUUACAAUAUCCUGAAAAACCACGGCCGUGAGAUUGAGAACCCCCGUGAUGUGUUACUCAGAGUUGGUCAGAUGGCCCUCAAAGGCGUGUCCGAGAGGAAGAUUGUGUUUACAGAUGGAGAUUUGAUCAACCACGAUCUGCAGCCUUCCCAGUUCCUGUCCGGGUUCCUGAUGGAGCUUUUGGAGAGAGAGGAUUCUGCCCGGUGUGUAGUGUACACAUUCCCACACCUCACCAUCCAGGAGUUUGUAGCUGCAGUCGCACAAUUCCUGAUCCCAGAUGGCAGAGAUAUCCUGAAGUUCCUCGCUGAAGCCCACAACACCACAGAUGGGCGAUUUGAGGUAUUUCUCCGUUUUGUUGCUGGUCUCUCCAACCCAAUGACAGCUCGGGGCCUGGAAGAAUUUCUGGGUCCAUUUCCUCGUCAAACAACCUGCCGGGUGAUUGACUGGGUGAAGGAGGAGGUUAAACGUCAGAGUGGAAACACAUGGAGUGAAGCUGGUAAAAGGAGCCUCCUGAAAACUUUGCACUACCUGUUUGAGUCUCAGAAUAGUGGACUGGCUCAGGCCGCACUGGGAUCUGUGGAAACACUUUCAUUCGGUGGAAUGACACUGACCCCGAUUGACUGCGCGGUCCUGUCUCAUGUCAUCGGACUCUGUGAUACAAUAAAACACCUCGACCUGGAGAGCUGCCACAUUCAGUGUGAAGGAAUCCAGCGGCUGGGACCCGGACUGCACAAGUGCCAGGAGUUGGGCCUUGGGGAGAAUGAACUGGGGAAUUCAGGAGUGAAACUGGUGUCUGCGGCUCUGAGGAACCCGGAGUGUAAAAUACAGAAACUGUGGCUGAGGAAGGUCGGUCUCACAGAUUUCGGUGCCGAGGAUCUCGGCUCCGCUCUCAGUACAAGCCGAUCGUUGACGGAGGUGAAGCUGAGUCAUAAUGUACUGGGAGAUUCAGGAGUGAAACUUAUGUCUGCGUUUCUGAAGAACCCAGUGUGUAAAAUACAGAAACUGUGGCUGAACAAUGUCGGUCUCACAGAUUCUGGUGCCGAGGAUCUCGUCUCCGCUCUCAGUACAAACCCAUCACUGACGAUGCUGAACCUGGAAUCAAACUUGCUCACAGACCGAUCUGUCCCCGCUCUCCGCCGCCUCAUACUGACCCUCCCGAGUCUGGAGUGGAUCUGGUUAAUGGAGAAUCUAUUCAGCGCGACCGGGGGGAAGGAACUGAGAUCUCUGCAGGAACCUAAACCCGGACUGAAAGUGGCAGUGUGAACAUCUGUAUAUGUGAACAUCCCCCGCUCGCGGGAUGGGGACAGUUUGUCUGAUUUCCUGCCCUCCCCUUUAAUUGCCGCUCUCCAGGUUUAAUUCCCAAUGGCUCACGACGAGCACUCAUCCACAUAAUUCCGCCUCUUGUCCAGCAGCGCUGCCUCCGCGGGUGCCCGGAUCCAGUUUUCUGCAGGUGGACCAUAAGGUGUUACACCAGUGAACUGGGCAGUGAUUAUACUGGGAGAGAAUGAUUUUACUCACUUUGAUAUGGACAAUACAUACAGAAGUCUGGCAGAUAUAAUUAUGCUAAAUUGGCAUAUACCUCCGUUGUGACCCUAAAUCUGCAGGGAUCUCUCCCACUACAAUAAAGUGUAAUUAUAUGAUCAUCCGUAGUCCGUUUUCUGUCUCACUCUCUGUUCCUCUCUCUCUUCUCUCUCUCUCUCUCUCUCUCUCUCUCUCUCUCUCUCUCUCUGCUCUCUGUCCUCUACUCUCUCCUUCUCUCUGUCCUAUUCUCUCUCUAUCUCCCAUAUUCUGUUUCCCUCUCUGUCUUACCCCUCUGUCUCCGUCGCUUCCCUUUCUCGUCCUCUUUCUCACUUCACUAUCUCUUCUGCCGCCUGUACCCUACUCCCACCCCCUUUCAUUCCAUAUCGGACUCUACUUUCCCCACCCUGUCUUCCCCCAAUCGGUGUUCUCUCGCCUCUCCGCCUGCCCCUCCCCCUUCAGCGCUGCCAGCCCUCCCCCAUAACCACCCCUCUGCUCCGCUCACCCCAUCCCCCCAUCUAUUCGAGUGCACUGGUCCUUUGCGAUUCUGUCCACCCAGACCUCGCCUCAUUUCGUUGCUCACGGCUCUCCUGACAAUCAGCAUGAUCGAGGGAGGUGGGACUUGCCCAGUGGAUAAACAUGCUGGGGUGGAAAGAUCAGCCUGGUCUGGGGAAAUGUGACAGGAGUCUCGAAGUGGCCGAAUUUCCUGAUUCCUGCCCAUCGUCCCCGCUAUGGAGAGCGUGGUAACCUGUCUAAAUCAUGAACGCCCGGUGGCACUUACAGUACAUCCACAGUGAUGAAGUGUUCUCAGAGGCUGGUGCUGAAGCUUAUCAGCUCCUGCCUGAAUGACGACCUGGAUCCGCUCCAUUUAGCAUAUCAGACAACAGGUCUACGGGGAAGCUGAGUCCUUCGCUCUUCACGUAACACUGGCACAUCUGGACAGCAAAGAUGCAUUCAUCAGGAUGCAGUUUACUGGUUAUAGCUCGACAUUUAAUCCCACCAUUCACUGAAAACUAAUCAGUAAACUCAGAGACCUGGGUCUCAGUGCCGCUUUGUGUAACUGGAUCCUGAAUUUCCUUACUUGUAACCCCACUCAGUUCAGAUUGGCAAACACAUCACCUCCACAAUCUCCAUCACCACAGGAGUACUACAGGGAUGUGUGCUUAGCCCCAUUAGCCUCAUUUUACACCGAUGACUGUGUGGCUAGGUACAGCACCAACACCAUAAACCAGUUUUCUGACGACACCACUCUUGUGGGCUGUAUCAAAGAGGGUGAUGAAUCAGCAUACAGGAGGAAGAUUGAAAACUUGGAUGAUUGGCGUAAUAACAACUAUUUCUCACUCAAUGUCAAUGAGACCAAAGGACUGAUUGCUGAAUUCGGGAGGGGGAAAUCGUAGGUCCAUGAGCCAGUAAUCAUCAGAGUAUCAGAGGUGGAUCCGGCCAGUAUCUUUAUAUUCCUGGGUGUCACUAACUCAGAGGACCUUCCUUGACCCAAAGUGCAAAGAGCGCAUGACAGCGCCUCUACUUCGCCAGGAGUCUACGGAGGUUCGGCAUGUCGUUAAAAAUCCUUGGCAAAUUUCUAUACAUGUAUGGUGGAAAGUGUGUUGUGUGGCUGCGUUACGGCCUGGUGUGGGGACACCAAUGCCUUUGAGUGGAAAAUCUUAUGCCCAACACCUCACGAGUAAAGCGUAUCUAAAUGAAACUUUCCGCAUAAAAGCAGCAUCCAUCGUCAAAUAUCCUCAACCCACUGGCCGCGCUCCUUUCUCGCCGCCGCCCUCAGGUAGAGGUUACUAGUGCCUCAGCACUCACAUCACUAGGUUCAAGGACAAUUACUACCCCUCAGUCAUCAGGCACCUGUACAAAAGGAGAUAUCUAUACUUAGUAAAGAACUCAUUAAAGAACUCUUAUUUGUUUAUAUUGUUAUUUCAUUCUCAUUUGUUAUUGCUAUUUAUUUACACAGGCAUUUUCACAGUGUGUUUAGCGUUUACUGUUCCUUAUC